UAGUAGUAGUUUCUUAGUUUUGUGACGAAAUGAUUUCUAUAAAGUCAGCAACUCUGCUGUGCGUAGCAAUAGUUUUUUUUAAUUUCAAUCAGUAUGAUACGAAAACUGUCGAUAAAGAUUCAGAUAAAGCGACCAAUACUACAACAGAGGCGAUAACAAACAGUACGACCACACCAUCGCCGUCGUUAGUAAAUAGAUUUUUAGAUAUUGAUAGUAUGAUACACGGUUUUUUCCCGAAUUUCAAUUUUGGCGGAGGAAUUCCUGGUAAUUUUCAGAACUAUCCUAACAACGUUAAUCAAGUAAGCAAUCCUCAAGGAAAUAAUUGGAACAAUGGAAACUGGGACGCGGCAAUUCAUUAUCCUGAUAGCCCACAAAAUUAUCCCGGUCAAAAUGUUCAGGGUAGCAAUCCUCAAUAUCCCGGGAAUGAUUUUAACAAUUUCAAUGGAGGAAACUAUCCUGUAAACCCUAAUACUCCCCAGGGUAACAACGUGCAAUAUCCUGGGAAUGAUUUUAAUAAUUUGAAUGGAGGCAACUAUCCAGUAAAUCCUAAUAUUCCCCAGGGUAGCAAUCCGCAAUAUCCCGGGAAUGUUUUUAACGACUUAAAUGGAGGCGAUUAUCCCGUAAAUCCAGAUAUAUCCCAGAGUAAUAAUAAUCGGCAAUAUCCCGGGAAUGGUUUUAACAAUUUAAAUGGAGGCAACUAUCCCGUAAAUGUAAACAUCCCUCAGCAAAAUUAUCCUCAAUAUCCGGGAGCAGGAAGUAAUUUGGAUAAUAACAAUAAUUGGAAUAACAAUGAAUAUCCCGUUAACUAUCAAAACCGCCCUUCAUAUCCGAACGAACAGGGGCUGUAUCCAGGUUCAGAAAAUGGCUUGAAUAACAUUAACGGAUUACAAAAUAAUCAGAAUUCAAACCGAAUUGUGUUUCCCAAUGACCAAGUACCGAUGCAAGGAGUUCCACAAGGGCAAGCUCCCGGCUUAAAUCAAGGACAACCUCAAGAUCCUCAGGAAACCUUCCAGAAUGGCAACCCUGGAUUACAAAAUGGCGGUUCGUUUAAUCCUCAAGACUCAAACGGCUUGAACAAUUUACCGAACGUCAAUUUACAAAGGCCUUUGUUGCAAUAUCCCCUAACCAACGAACCAGACGUAAUUACUGAAAAAGUAGCGAUAUUGGGACUCCCUGUCACUGUAUCCAACGAGACCACCCAAAAACCUCUUGUUAAUGCAAGCACGAGCUCUGCCAUGAAACAGUGUGUCCAGGACUGCCCGUCGACGUCCGAGUACAACCCUGUAUGUGGCAGUAAUAACAUAACAUAUUUUAACGAGGGGAAAAUGGAAUGCGCUCGCUUUUGUGGUAUUGAUGUAGUUACACAAAGAAAUGGUGCCUGUACGACCGAUCCUACUCCCGGAAUAUUUGGAUAGUGGAUUUUAUGAUUAAAUUGUUACAA